ACAAAACCCGAGGUCGAUGUUUUCAAUGCCUCUGGUAUUUUGCCCCGACUUUUUGUCAGUCCGGCACGUUCGCAAGUAGAGCGCCUUUUACACAGCGCCCUCGCGUGAUGAGGGGGCGUGGUUGACUAUCCAAGAUGGCGGCCCCCAUCUGUGUAACAAACGUCGAAGUGAAAGACGUUCGAUUCCCAACAUCUCUGGAGCAACAUGGAUCGGAUGCAAUGCACACAGACCCUGACUACUCCUGUGCAUAUGUCAUCAUCAGCACCAAUGAUGUUAAAAAUGGAAUUUGUGGCCAUGGGUUGACUUUUACGAUUGGACGAGGAACUGAAAUUGUGGUUGCUGCAGUCAAGGCGUUGGCUCCGUUUAUCAUUGGGAAGGCACUGUCAGACAUCUAUGACAACUUUGCAGACUUCUACCGCACACUAACCAGUGAACCUCAACUAAGAUGGGUUGGACCAGAGAAAGGUGUGACUCACUUAGCCACAGCAGCCAUUCUCAAUGCAUUGUGGGACCUGUGGGCUAAGCGAGAGGGCAAGCCGUUGUGGAAGCUUCUAGCAGACAUGGAACCAGAACAGAUUGUGAACUGCAUCGAUUUUAGAUACAUAACAGAUGCAUUGACAAAGGAUGAGGCACUAGAUAUACUCAGGAACAACCAAGCUACUAAGAAAGAGAGAGAGCAAACGCUAUUAACUGAAGGCUACCCAGCUUACACUACAUCAACUGCCUGGCUAGGCUACACUGACCAAGUCCUGCUGCAGCGCUGCCGGAAAGCCUUGUCCGAAGGCUGGACCAAGUUCAAGAUGAAGGUUGGAUCGGACCUAGCAGACGACAUCCACCGAGCUGAGUUGCUUCGUAAGGAGAUUGGAUAUGACAAAAUCCUUAUGAUGGAUGCUAACCAGAAAUGGGGAGUGGAUGAGAGCAUUGAAUGGAUGGGCAAACUGGCCAAGUUCAAACCACUGUGGAUUGAGGAACCUACCUCACCUGAUGAUAUCUUGGGACAUGCCAAGAUUGUUCAGGCCAUGAAGCCACUGGGCAUCGGAGUGGCUACCGGUGAGCAUUGCCAGAAUCGUGUGAUGUUCAAGCAGUUCCUGCAAGCCGGUGCCCUGCAGUACUGUCAGAUAGACAGCUGCCGCGUUGGUAGCAUCAACGAGCUGCUAUCAAUCAUCCUAAUGGCCAAGAAGUUUGGAGUUCCCGUGUGCCCACAUGCCGGUGGGGUGUCUCUGUGUGAGCUUAUACAGCAUGUCAUCAUGUUUGAUUACCUCUGCGUAUCUGCUACAUUUGAAAACAGAGUCUUGGAGUACGUUGACCAUCUUCAUGAGCACGCCAAGUAUCCGAUUGUCAUGAAGAACACACACUACAUGCCACCAAAGGAUCCAGGCUACAGCACGGAGCUCAAGGAGCAGACACUGAUAGACUAUGCCUACCCAGACGGUCAAGUAUGGCAAGACCUGAUCAAGGAGGGAAAGGUCACUGUCUGAGUUGACCUCCCAGCAUGCAUUGCAUCAUCCAGCCAGGUCAGGCUGAUUUAGAGUUGAUCGCAUGGAAGAAUAUAAUCUUCUGGCCAUUGAAAACAUUUUGGACAACAGUAUUCUUUUCAGCGUGUUAGAAAAUAUUCUGCAAUGAUUAUGGAUAACAAAUUGGCAAUGUGGUACCAAAUUUGGAAUUGCGACAGAUUUUCUUAAACAAGAGGUAAUUUUGGGUCGUUGAAGGAUUUUGCAGUAAUAGAUUAAGGUUAAACUCGGCCUCUAUUGCUUUCGGAGCUAAACUUUCCUAAAAAGUGGUAUUACAAAGAAUGUGCCAUUAGUUUCCUACAUACGGUGAAGGAUUUUGGAGGAUCAAAGAAAUUAUGCAAAACUUCCUGGGGAGUCAGAGGUAAUUGGUGCAAUUUUGUUAAAUUUUGUGGUGUUUUUGAUAUUGUACUGAAUUAUAUAUUUUUGGUAAUUAGUCCUUGGAGUAUAAUAUAUAGAGACAAAUCUGUUGUUGAAGAUGAAUAUUCCUAUAAUGUAUUUUUUAAUGAAUGCAUAAAAUCCAAUACCUUAACGGUAUCUGGUUGCCAAGUAAGUAUUUUGUUUAUUAACAUUCAGUAUAACUAUACUUAAAGGAUUAAACAGUAUUACAUUGAAGUCAAACUUGAAUUUUAAAUCACAACUAAAGUUUAACAGUCGUGUACACAAAUUUCUUGCCGAUGACAUAAUUAAACUCCUAUUUAUAAAUGAAGCUAU